UGAUUUUAAUUUAAAUUUUAAUAAAUAUGUCGUCCGCUAAUAGUGGUAAUCGAAAGAAGAAAAAUUAUAAUAAAUCACGUGGUGCGAAGAAUACAAAUACUACAAAAAAUGGUACUGAUGAACAUAAAAAAGAUGAGAAAACACCUGUAAAAACUACAGUUGAUAAUCAAACUACAGAUAAAGCUUCGAAUAUUACUGAAAACCUUGAUAAUGAACAAACUUCAACUGGGAACAGAAACAAAAGCCCAAAAAAACAACAUUUAAAUGGCAAAAAUAAAGUAAAUAAUAAUCAACAACAACGGAAUGUUGUUGCUACAGCUUCACCAUGUACUAUGACAAGAAAUAAUAAUCAAAAUACACCAAAAAACAUUGCACCACCAAAGUCAGUACAAUCAACACCACCUCCUACAAGAUUUUGUGCUUCAAAUACUGGUGCAAUUCCAAAAUCAGCAAAUUAUUACUAUCAACCAAGACCCACAGCAAAUUUAAAUGUUACUUUACCCAUGUAUCACCCACAAUCAGCUAGAUUUCAUCAUCUACACGAACAACCAACACAAUUAUCGUUGAUUAAUAGAAGCUUACAAAAUUUACAAAUUAGCGAAGCACAUGAUAAUGGAACACAAUCACGUCGUGAAUUAUUACUUUCUGGGCAACCACUACAAAUAUCACACUUAUUAACACAAGAUGGGAAUUCUUAUCAACAACAAGUUCUAGCAGAAAAUCGUCCAAUACCUUAUAGUCAAAUUUUGGCUAGUAGUGGUCCGAAUAAUCAUGCCAUUCCACAUUCAGUUGGUCCAAAUUUUGUAAAUCAAGGAUAUCAUCAACAAACAAUGUAUCCACAACGAUCUAUUAUGAUACCACAGCACGCUGUGACUAGUAAUAAUCCUCCCCCUUACGCCAUUUUCCCCUCCAAUGUACAGAAUUAUCAAACCAUAGAACAAAUAAACACACCAUCACCAAUUGUGGCAAAUAUACCCAGGCAUUACACAUUCAGCCAAAUCAAACAACUUGAAGAUCAUCAAUUGUCCACGAAGCGCAAUCUGUAUGAUGCAAUCGCUGAAUCGUUUCGACCACUUGACAAAGAAAAUCGCAGUAUCAGCUUAGAUAUGAAUCAAUUAAGUGUAUCACAAAAUCAUCCACCGUUGAUUAAAAAUGAUUAUAAUUUACCACCAUUGGGUAAUCAAUAUUUAGAACGACACGAAGCAAUCUAUCAACGUAUUUUAGAACAAGAAGAAUUGGAACGUAGACAAAAUGGCGGUUCAACAAGGUAUAGAAUUCGAACACAUUUAUUUCAUAAUAAUAAUGAUUCAUUAUUGCCUUUACGUUCAAUUAGUUUUGAUUGUAUUUUUAAUUAUUUCCGUAGUAAUGAUUUUAAUAUUUAUUCCGAAUUAAUUUCGAGAUCAUGCCCACCAUGGUUUUGUUCGUUAGCAUCCACACCCAAUAAAUUCGAUAAUCAAACAGUGUUUAAUAAUGAAGUGGCAACAUGUGUUAAAACUGUGACCAGAAUUCAUAAUCGUGAUAAACAGUAUCGUAUUAAACAAUUAACGGGAGCUCCAAUACAAUAUGCUCGACAUUUACGUCCUCAUCUACGUAACGGGAAACGUGGUAAGAAAAAACAAAUGAAUUUAGAAAAUGAGAGUGAAGAUGAGAUGAAUAGUGAUUUUGAUGAGUUUCCAUUUGAAAGCUCGAAUAGUAGUGAUUCCGAAGACUCAUUCAGAUUAGCAAAAGAUACUUCAAAUCGAUUUUAUCCUUCCCCUAUAAAAGAACAUGCGAACUUUUCACAAGCAGAAAUGAUGCAAUUUCCUGGGUAUGAAUGGCAACCGCGAAUUUGGUCAAAUUAUCAAAAUAUAUCCCGUCCACCAGUGUAUUUGUAUCCUUAUAAAUUGGAUCAAUAUUAUACCAGAAAUGUGCAACAUAAUUUCCCGAGAUUUUUCUACCAGCAAUCUCAAAAAUAUGAGUAUCAAACCGAUAUUAAUCAACAACCUGUGCGGUAUAUCCCAGAAACUGUUCAAAAUUUCGGCUUAGAAGAAGUACCACAAGAUAAAACUCCAACAAUAACUACAGAUAACGAAUUUGUAGAUGUGAUAUUUGGAUCUCGUGAAAAUAGUCCACGUCGACAAAUGUCACCCAAAAAAUAUUCAAAAUCACCGAGAAAACGUUUACAAUCCAUUGACGAAAUUCCUCAAGAACCUGAAGCACCAAUCGCGUUCAUAAGUCCAGCACAAAAGCCGGUGAAUUUUUCUACGUCAUUCAAUGACUUCACGUCAUUUAUGACCCACGCUAAUGAUUUAGGUUUGUCACAAUCAUGGCCACCACCUGGGGAACAUAAACUUCCACAAAAACAAAAAGAUACCCUUGUGACUACAACAAAUGAAGAUAUUGGACCAUGGACAGUAUUACCUCCCUGGUCAAUUUCGUUACCUGCAUCCACAAACAGUCCUCUAGUUUGUCAAACUUCAUGUUCGAUUACAACAUCUACAUCAAAUGUUUGGAAACCAAUGUCAACUAUGGAAAUCAAAUCUAUGUGGCAAUCAUUGUUGCCCACAUGUUCAACGUCGGAAGUUCAAUCUAAAAAACAGAACGAAUUCAACCAAUUUGACAAUUUUCAACCAACAGGUUCAAAAAAGUCAAAGGAGUCUGUUAAUUAUUGGAAGCCGUUACCAGACUGUCAAACGUCAGUAGAUUUUCGACCUUUGGAUUAUUCAAUUUUUAACAAUUGCUGGGAUGAAACCAUUCCACGAAAACGUAUUGAAACUGAUUCAUGGCAACCGCUAUUAACACCAGAACAGGAAGAAACGUAUAAAAAAUAUUUACGAGAUAAUCAAAAAAUGGCAACCGAAGGAAACUAUUCAAGUGACGAAGAAAUACUAAUGCAGAAAUCAAAAUCAAACAAAACUAAAUUAUUUGCAAAGAAUAAGAAAAAAUCUUCAGCAGCAGGCCCAAGUUGUAGUACCCGAAUAAAUACAAAAACUUAUUAUCAUGUUUCUUCAGUUAAUCGAAGGGCUGCACAGUCAGCGAUAAAAACUACUAAAAAUCGGCGACCAUCCAUUGAAGAUUGUACCGAAUUUCCCAUAGACACUUGGGAUUCGGAUGAAAAAACAAAAAAUGAUACUGAUUCUGAUUUUUAAAAAUGCCAGUUGGAAUGGGCGCAAAUGGUAUAUUUACACGACGAUUGGAUUUUAGCUCAUUUAACAAACUUUCAAAAAAGAAGCAUAAUUCGUAUGAUAUUAAGGUA